AUGCGAUCUCACUUCCUGCUGGCUGCAAUCGCCGUAACAGGCGUUGUAGGACAGCUGGUAACGCCGAAGUUGAACAGUCUCCUCUACAAGCAACCAUUACUGCCAGCUCUGCCUAGAGGCGAUGGAGUGUCUUCUUUGGACCAACAGAAGCCGAUGUAUUCGGGGCAAUCGUCGCGGCAAUACAUUGUACGGGAGCAGAAUGAAACUGUUUGCGACGCGGGCAGUCGUCAAUGGACUGGAUGGAUUCAUGUGACCGAGGAAAAGAGCCUCUUCUACUGGUUCUUUGAAAGCCGGAGUAACCCCUUAAAUGACCCUGUGAUGAUCUGGCUGAACGGUGGUCCCGGUGGCUCAUCCAUGAUGGGUUUAUUCCAGGAGAUAGGGCCUUGCCUGACGAACGAAUACCAGAACGGUACCAAGUUCAACGAACACAGCUGGACAGAGUUCGCCAAUGUCAUCUUCAUCGACCAACCUGCCAGUGUAGGGUUCUCCAUGGUCAACAAUGAUACUAUGGGUGGGCCGGACAACCUGAGAGAGGCAUCACAAGACUUCAACAAGUUCCUGUCCGUCUUCUUCGAAGAGGUCUUCCCGGGAUUCUCGCAGUUACCUCUGCACAUCGCGGGCGAGAGCUUCGGAGGGACCUACGUCCCUGGAUUCGUGGAGUAUAUCAGCAGACGACAGCAGCUCGGGGUGCCGGGGACUUUCAACGGCACGAUCCACUCUAUAACCCUCGUCGACGCUGUGAUUGACAUCUUGGGAUCCGGGGCCCUCGGCCAAUACGACCACAUGUGCCAGUUCGAGAACGGAGAGAACAAGAAGAAGUUCGGGUUCAGCAAGGAAACGUGUGCCGUGUUUGAGCCGGCCGUACCGGAAUGCGAGCGCUUGAAUCGCCAGUGUCUUGACACCUACGAUGGCAAUAUCUGCCGAGCGGCAUACAUAUUCUGCGCAGAAGAGAUCGUAUCAUCCAUUGACCCGAAACCGGGUGGUCGGAAUCCUUAUGACGACCGCAUUCUUUGCAACGGCACUCUACCCCUGUGCGGCAUCGGCAGCUAUGAACAACAGUAUCUGAACACGGCGCACGUCCAGGACGCACUCGGCCUCGACCACUGGAACUUCUCCUCGGUCAACUACGACCUCAACAGCCGAUGGACAGCGAGUAAUGAGAUAUUCCUGCCCACGACGCGGGAGCUCACGUACAUCCUCGACGAGACGCCUACGCGCGUGUUCGUCCUCAACGGGAACAACGACAUCGUCGUGUCUACGGAGGGACAGAAGCGUGUCUAUAACCAGCAGCCCUGGAACCACCAGGCCAAGUACCGGAUGGAGCCUUAUGUGACGUGGAGCUGGCCUGAUCGGUCAGGUAAACGACACAAGGGCGGCGAGUUCAAAGGGCCUGACGACAAGCGCGAACUUGUCUUCGCGUCUGUUGACGAAGCUGGUCAUACCUCGCCCGCGGACCAGAAAGAAGCAGUGGCGUACUUGAUGAAGUGGUGGGUCAAUGAAGGAGAUGGGAGCGCUUUAAGCCAGGUGCUGGGGUCAUAG